AUGAUACAAAAUUUACAGACAGAAAGCGCUCGCGUAGGCCUACAAAUGAACCUGCAGAAAACUAAACUGAUGACCAAUUCUACAAAACCAACAAUAAAGAUAGGAAACGAAAAGCUUGAAUAUGUAGACACCUAUAUCUACCUUGGAAAACAAGUAUCAUUUCACCAGAAUAAUAACAUAAAAGAAAUAAUUAGAAGAAUAAAUAUUUCAUGGAAAAAGUACUGGGCUCACAAGGAAAUAAUGAAAGGAGACCUGCCGCUUUCUACGAAAAAGAAAAUAAUGAAUAGUUGCAUCCUUCCCUGCCUAACGUAUGGUUCGCAAACAUGGACAUAUACAAAACAGGCGAAAGAAAAAAUCAGAAAAUGUCAAGCAGCUAUGGAACGAUCCAUCCUGGGACUCCGAAGGAGAGAUAAAGUACGCCACACCAAGAUAAGAGAGAGAACAAAACAAAUUGAUUUCUUAAGCCAAUCGAUGAAAUCGAAAUGGAAAUGGGCAGGACAUCUAGCUAGAGUAGAGGACGCUCGGUGGACGGAAAUUUGGAAUAGGGCAACGGAACCCAAGGGGCCAGCAGCUGGCCGACUUCAUGGAGAAAGAGGGACUCUAUAUGAUGAACUCUUUCUUCCAGAAGCGGCUCCACAGGAAGUGGACCUGGUCGAGCCCCGACGGUUCGACAAAAAAUGA